AUAAGAGGCUGAAUUGAAUGAACUCUUUCAGUUCAGAAGCAUGUACAUUAUUUUGUUCUUCUUCCUGGCCGGGUGGAUUUCCAUAUAAAGUCCCGGUCUGAUUCAAAAUCAGUUGAGUUCGCGUUUUUGUCGUCUCACAAAUAUGGCGUUUGUGAAAGUUGUAGCUGUAUGCCUUCUCGUGGCGUUGGCAGAGUAUUCUGGGGCAUCUGCCUUCAUUGCCUCCCAUGAGAAAAAUGUAGAGCUAAGCGCCGAGCAUUUGGAUAAAAUUGCUAAAGAUGUUAAUGAAGCAGGGGCCUCAUGGACGGCUGGCAGAAAUUUUCCGGGUGGUGUCUCCAGCGACGACUUGAGGAGUUUAGUUUCCGAACACGAUUCCUUAGACGAUACCCCACAGAAAGCUCAAAAUUGUGACUGCAGCCCGAAAAAGCUUCAAGAUGAUGACAAAAAUUACGACGCGAGAGAAAAAUGGAAGAACAAGUGUCCAUCCAUUGUUCAAAUUCAAAACCAAGGAAAUUGUCAAAGCUCAUGGGCUGUGACAGCUGCAGCAGUGAUCUCUGACAGGCAGUGCAUAGCGACCGAUGGUAAGAUGAAGGACCAGAUGUCCGCUCAGCACUUGCUGUCAUGUUGCUCUUACUGUGGUCUUGGUUGCAACAAUGGGUGGCCACGGAAGGCAUUCGUUUUUUACCAUAAACAUGGAGUAGUAACCGGCGGAGAUUAUAACAGUAAACAGGGCUGCCAACCGUACGAAAUCGCACCGACAACUGACUACAAGUCUGCACUUGGUGGUCAUGGAGACAUCCAGACGCCGCAGUGCUCCGAUACAUGCACGAACAAUCAAUUUAAGAAAACGAUGAAAGAGGAUCUACAUUUCGGAAAACCUCCUGUGGAAGUUUGCUGCUGUGGAGCUAAAGAUCAAAUAAAAGAACAUGGUCCGAUUGUGGCGACAAUGGUAGUGUACGAGGAUUUCUUGACCUACAAAUCAGGAAUAUAUCGACAUAUCUGGGGCAAGAAGAUCGGUUAUCAGACCGUCCGCUUGCUUGGUUGGGGGACCGAAAACGGAGAGGAUUACUGGAUUGCAUCAAAUUCGUGGGGAACUGGUUGGGGAGAUGGUGGCUUCUUCAAAAUUCGUCGAGUGCCCAUGGGACAACCAUCCGAGUGUGAAAUCCAAAACGCCUACACCGCUCCAGCUGUCAAACACAAGAAGCAUUAAAUGCUAAUAAUGCAGCCAAUUUUGUGGUCAUUUGCGAAAGAAAAUUUAUAUCAAAUGUUGCAUCGAGUCCAAAGCAACUAAAUGAAGGAAUCUAUCAAUACAUCUGAGUUUCAUAAAUAUGUCAAA